UCCGGCCAUCGCGAUCUCUGGGGUGCAAAGAGGUUUUGCAGGGGAGGCUGAAGGUGGGAGCAGGAAGGAGUCUUUGCUGGCAGAGGCGCCCUUCGCAAGCAGCUCUCCACGGGUGAGAGGGCACCGUCGGAACCCUGCAACACGUGAAUGCCGGGUCGAAAGGGCCCUCCCUGCUGGACGUUGUCUGAAGAGCAAGGGAGGCCAUGCUGGACAAUGAGAGGAACAUGGCCUCUCUGGCACUGCCGCUUCCCAAGACCAGCCUCGUCGCCAGCGCAGAGCAAGCGGAAGAGCCCAGGACGCCACAAUAUCAGAUCUCAGACGGAACAGGGGCUGCCAUUUUGGACACCAGCUCAGCAGGUAUUUCAAGGAGGAAACACUUCUGCCCAGAGAGUGGCCAAUGCUUUGCCUUCAGUUUGGCUCUUGCUAGACACCAGAGAAUACACACAGGGGAGAAGAUCCAGGAAAGCUCUGAGCGUGGGGAAUGUUUUGGUCAGAGUUCAGAGAUUGUGAGCCCUUUGGAAACCCCUGUGUCUUUGGAGUUCAGGAAGGUUCUUGCUCAUCAGCCCAUCGUUCUGAUCCACCGGAAUGUCCAUGCAGGAGGAGAUAAGCCAUAUCGCUGCUUGGAGUGUGGGGAAGGUUUUUCCCAGCUCUCAGAUUUUGUGAAACAUGAAAGAGGCCACACAGGGGAGAAACCCCACAAAUAUGGCAAGAGUAGGAUCGGGUUCCCCAAGAGAUCACAGCUUCAUGGACACCAUAAAGUCCACACAGGAGAGAAGCCCCACAAAUGCAGUGUUUGUGGGUUAUGCUUUUUGGUUAGGUCAAAACUUGUUUCCCAUCAGCGAACCCACACUGGAGAAAAACCCUAUGAAUGCCCAGAGUGUGGGAAAUCAUUUGCUCACAAGUCAGGCCUUGUAAUCCAUCGGAGGCUCCACACAGGAGAGAAGCCCUAUGAAUGCUGGGAGUGUGGGAAAUGUUUCCCUCAAAACGCACAGCUUUGGAGCCAUCGGUUGGUUCACACAGGGGAGAAACGGUAUAAAUGCUUUGAAUGUGGAAAAAAGUUUACUUGCCGUUCCGGCCUUGUAAGCCAUCAGAAAACCCACACAGGAGAAAGGCCCCAUAAGUGUCUGGAGUGUGGCAAAUGUUUCCCCACAAAUGGAAGUCUCAGGCGACACCAGAGAAUCCACACAGGAGAGAAACCCUAUGAAUGUAGAGAGUGUGGGAAAUGUUUUCAUGAGAAAGCUGAACUUCUGAGCCAUCAGACUGUGCACACAGGGGAGAGGCCUCAUAAAUGUGCGGAGUGUGGGAAAUGUUUUAUUUCAGCAUCACAUCUUGCAAUCCACCAGAGAAUCCAUACGGGAGAGAAACCCUACAAAUGCGUGGAGUGUGGAAAAUGCUUUUCCCAGAAACAACACCUCAAGCAGCAUGAAAAAAUCCACACUGGGCAGAAACCCUACAAAUGCGUGGAGUGUGGAAAAUGUUUUACCAACAAAUCACACCUUCAUGUACACCAGAGAAUCCACACAGGAGUGAGACCAUAUGAAUGUGGAGAGUGUGGGAAAUGUUUUUCCACUUCAUCACAUCUUAUUUCUCAUAAAAGAGUCCACACAGGAGAAAAGCCAUAUAAAUGUUUAGACUGUGGAAUGUCCUUUACUUUAGCACAAAGCCUUAGGGGGCACCAAAGAACCCACACAGGAGAGAAACCCUACAAAUGCUUGGAGUGUGGGAAAUGUUUUUCAAGAAGAGACACCCUUGUCUCCCAUCAGAGGAUCCACAUAGGAGAGAAACUCCAUAAAUGCUUGGAGUGUGAAAAACCCUUUGCUAUAAAAUCAGAGCUUAACAUGCAUCUAAGGAUCCACGUCAGAAAGGGAGUCUUUCAAAACACCAGGGAAUUCACACAAUAA